CCUGCAAUUGGUGGGUUGAUGCCGGACCGGGGGGGGGAGGGGGUGAAUGAGUGACCGCGGCCGGAGCCUCGGAUGUCCUGGCGCUGCUGCUGACCCGGCCCGGUGCGGCGCCUGUUUCUUCGGGUGUGUGCCAGCCGCGGCAGGGAGCCCGGCCCCGGGUUGAGGAGCCAUGGCCUCGGCGGUGGAGCGCACUGACGAGCUGGUCCGCGAGUACCUGCUGUACAGGGAGUUCACCGGUACCCUGAAGGUGCUGGACGCCGAGAUGAAGGCGGAUAAGGAGAAGGGAUGCCGAGUAGAUAAAAUUGUAGAGCAUUUGCAGCAUUUGGUUCAGGGAUAUGAUCUCAAUGGAUUGCGUGAGUACUGGAACUACCUUGAUCGUCGCCUGUUCAGAAGGCUGGAAGAUGCAUAUCGACACACUGUUAACAAGCUGAGAACCAGCCUGUACCGUUACUACCUGGUACAUACUGUUCAGUCCAAUAGGAUUGAUAAAACCCAGGAAUUCUUCCAGAAACUGUCCCUGGAAUUGCAGAACCAGCCAGAAUGGAAGGAGUGGUUCAUUCUUCCCUUUAUUCCAAAUCCAGAGCAGAACCAGGUGUUUGCCACCUAUUUCUCCAAGCAGUGGGCAGAGACGUUCCUGGUGUCACUGCACAACUUCCUAAGUGUGCUGUUUCAGUGCAUGCCUGUUCCUGUGUUGCUGAACUUUGAGGAAGAGGUGCAGAGACGCUGCCAACUGCAGGAAGAAAAUGAAGCCUUGUGGCAGAAGUUAUUUGCUAUGCAAGCAGAAGCAAAAAUGAAGAAAGAGGAAGAGGUGGUUCAUCAUAAGUUACCCUAUUAUGUGCAGAAUAUGGACCGGUUGGGAGAUUCUGAAUUAGAUUUGAUGUCGAGUCAAAGGACCUCCUCUCCAAUGCCCUCUCAGACUAAAGCUGGCUCAUUUUUGUCAAUGUUACUGCCGCAAAGCAAGAAACCCCCUGUGAAGGGUUCAGUGCCUCUGCAGCAAUCUCAGUCACCUGUAUCCACUGGGAAAAAAGAUGGUAUCAAUAACCAGGCUGCCAAGAGUAAAGAUGGCUCAGCUGCCAGAGAUGGGAAAAUGUUAUCAAGCACGACUACUGACCUCGGCACUGUCCAACAGCGUCAAAAGAGGGUCCAGGAUCUUGAGAGGGACCCAAGUAUAGUGCAGCAACGACAGAGAAAAGUGCUAGAUUAUGGGAAAGAACGGAAGGAGCUCCUGUCCAAGGGCGUGGAGAAAAAGCCCGAGGGCAGUAGUGCAGAGAUCGACGUUCCUAGUAGUCCUGAAUUGCCCAUAGAUCAACUGGAUUCCCCUUCAAAACUGGACAAGUGCAGCCUGGAUGGAGGGAGCGAGCAGCCUUUCAUUGUCUUGAGUCAGGAGGAAUAUGCAGAGCAUCACUCUUCAAUCAUGCACUGCAGGGUGGAUUGCUCUGGUAGGAGAGUUGCCAGUCUGGAUGUGGAUGGAGUCGUUAAAGUGUGGACAUUCAACCCCACCAUGCAGACGAAGGCCACCAUAAUGUCCAAGUCGCAGCUACUCUCCCUGGAGUGGGCCACAAAACCAGACCGAUUGCUGUUGCUUGGCAGCGGAGUUGGGACAGUCCGACUUUAUGACACUGAUGCCAAGAAGAAUCUGUAUGAGCUAACAAUUGAUGAAUCGUACCCCAGAAUCCUUUCUCUAGCUUGCAGUCCAAGUGGUACCUCAUUUGUUUGCUCUUCAGCUGCUCCAAGCAUCAAGCUAGCGACUAUGCCGGACACUGGAGAGAAAGGAGUGAACCUGGUUCCAGGCAAUCUCCUGCUGUGGGACACGAAGACCAUGAAGCAACAGCACCAGUUUUCCUUGGAUCCUGAGCCCAUUGCCAUUAACUGUACGGCUUUCAGUCAUAAUGGAAAUCUGCUGGUGUCCGGGGCAGCUGAUGGCAUCAUCCGACUCUUUGACAUGCAGCGGUACGACUGUGCUAUGAGCUGGCAUGCACAUUCUGGUGAGGUUUAUUCAGUGGAGUUCAGCUACGAUGAAAAUUCUGUUUACAGCAUUGGUGAAGACGGAAAGUUCAUUCAGUGGAAUAUUCACAAGAGCGGAGUCAAGGUUUCUGAGUGCGGGGUGCAGUCGGAUGCUAUUGGCCCAUUUGUACUGUCCGGUUACAGUGGGUACAAGCAAGUGCAGGUGCCACAUGGAAGACUGUUUGCCUUCGACUCAGAGGGACACUAUGUGCUAACGUGCUCAUCCAGUGGUGGAAUCAUUCAUAAGGACCUCAGUGAGCACCAACACCUUUCAUGUGCCAUAUGAAGCAUACCCUGCCUUUCUAUUGCAUCUAUCAAAGUGGAUGAUGGAAUAUGGAAAAACGGGACAUCUGCAACUGAUAGACCAAUGGCUCACUGCUCUAAAGGAGAAAAUCCUCGCGAUUACUGGAAUUCACAAAGCAGAAUCUAAAACAGCUGGUGCUGCUGAGACAGAAUGUAAUGGUGAACCCGUCUCCUCUGCUCAGCAGAUGAGAAACCAAGGGUACUUGCUGUGGUUGCUCCCUGGUAUUUUAAUGUAACCAGCAGGGCGAUUGGUUGUUGCUGCAGGUUAACUGCACGGUAAUUGAGUGGAGCCCCCAGCAACAAACAAGCUGCUGGAGGAACUCAGUGGAUCGAGCAGCGUCUAUGGAAGGAAAGGAAUUGUCAGUGUUUCGGGUCAAGACCCUGCUUCAGGACAGGUUCCUCUAGCGGAUAGUUUGUUGCUCAAUUCCAGCAGCUGCAGUCUUCCGUUGAGGGGGCUCCUCUGCACUUAAUGUACAAUGUGGUACUGUCAAAGAGUUGAGUGCAGUUUUGUUCCCUGGCCCUGGACCCAAGGAAGUCCCCCACUGUGAGGAAAUGAUGAAUUUGAUUACAUUGCAGUGGGAAAUCUUCACAACCUGUCUAAUGUAGCAGAAUGCAGCAAACAGAUGUUUGCCCGAGUCCUUAGCUGCAGUCUGGGAGGGCCCUUCGGCCCACCAAUCCAUGCUGGCCAUCAAGUACCUGUCUAUACUAAUCCCAUUCUCCAGUCCUUGGCCCACUGCCUUCUGUGCCAUUGUGUUUCAAGUGCUCAUCUUAAAUGUUGUGAGAGUGCCUGCCUCCACCAUCCCCUGAGCAGUGUGCUCUGGAUUUUAACUGCCCUCUGCUGGGGGGAAUAAACCUCAUCUAAAUAUGUUUUCUGGUCAUUGAUACUAAGGUGAAAAGUUUCUUACUAUCUAUGCCCCUUACCAAUCAGGUCCCCCUCAGCCUCCUUUGCAUCAAAGAUAACAAGCACUGCCUAUCUCCUCUGCGCCCUCUUCAGUGCAAUCAAUUCCUCCUUGUAUUGUGGCAACUGGAACUGCACACACUACUCCAGAUGUAGCCGAACUAAUGUUUUAUAUAGUUGUGUAAUAACCUCCCUAUUCUGUUCCCCAGCCAGUGAAGGCAAAUAUCGCAUAUGUUGUCUUAACCACCUUAUCAACCUUCAGGGAUCCUUGGACUUGUACACCAAAGUCUCCCUGUUCCUCAGUACCUUCUCGGGUCCUACCAUCCAUUGUGUAUUUCCUAACCUUACUAGUCCUUCCAAACUGUAUCUCCUUACACUUUUUAGGUUUAUAUUCCAUCUACAGUCAAUCCUUGUCUUUCUAAUACUUAGCGCACUUCUAGUAUGCUUCAGAUUGCUCAGAUUUUGUCCCUUUCACUCCAGAACCAAGAUCACUCCAGCCUUCGUCAUUGAGUUCAGACUGCAGUAACUGUAUUUGAAAAUGGUUGUGGCCUCAGCAAUGGUCUCUGAGGUAUUCCUUUAGUUAUUCUUUGCUGAAUUAAAAUUAAUCCAUAUUCUGUAAUUCUUGACCACUAAUCAAACCUCCUUGAAGACGUUUUACCUCAAACCCAGAAGACAUAGGAGAAGAAUUAGGCCACCUGACCCAUCGAGUCAGCUCUGCCGUUCGAUCAUGGCUGAUUUAUUUUUCCCUCUCAACCCCAUUCUCCUUCCUUCUCCCUGUAACCACUGAUGCCCUUGCUAAUCAAGAGCCUAUCAGCCUCUGCCUUAAAUACACCCAAUGACUCGGCCUCCACAGCCAUCUGUGGCAAUGAAUUCCACAGAUUCACCGCCCUCUGGCUAAAUAAAUUUCUCCUCAUCUCUAUUCUGAAGGGACAUCCUUCUAUUCUAAGGCUGUGCCCUCUGGUCUCAGACUCUCCCACUACUGGAAACAUCCUCUCCAUGUCCACUCUAUUCAGGCCUUUCAACCCAUGAACCCUUAUCUUGAGUGGUAAGGUUUUAUCAGGCAUCUCUUUCAACGUCUUGGUAAUCUAAGUACAUCUACUCUCUCUCCCUUUUAUCUAGGCCGAUUUUAUUACAUCAGAGUGGCGGGAAAGAUGAACCAAAUUCAUGUAUAGUUAGUUCUAAUGGGUAAAUUGCAAUGACCAAACAUUUAUGGAAUAUUUAGAUGACACUUUGUGGCAUUCCCUCCAUUAGCAGGGAUGACCUUCCUCAGAUCAGGAGAUCAAACUCUGCAGAGAACACCAGAAGGUGUCUCAACAAGCUGCAAAAAGGCAUCCUUGCUCCUGUAUUCAAACUCUUGCAAUGAAGGGCAAUGCAUCUCCUGCCUUCCUAACUGCUUGCUGCAGCUGAACACUUGGUUUUCAGUGACUGGUGUACGAGGACCCAGCUGUUCCCCUUUCCCAGUCAUCACUAUUUAGGUAGUCUAUCAAGAAUCAAAGUGAUCAACCUCAGAUGUCCAUGCCAUGUAUUUCUCCACUCACUCAGCUUGUUUGAAUUGUAUUGGCAUCUCGCUGCAUCCUCCUCACAGCUCACAUUUCCCCCACACUCAAGUUUGCAAACUUGGAAAUGUUGCAUUUAAUUCCCUUGUCCAAACCAUUGAUAUACAGGGUGAAUAGUGGGCCCAUGCACUAAUCCCUGCAGAACCUCACUCGUCACUCUCUGCCACAGGGAAUAAGAUCUACUCCUGCUCCCUUAUUCUUGUCUAUCCUCAAUCCCACGUGCUUUAAUCUUGCACGUGUGACCUUUUCAAGAGCCUUCUGUAAGUCUCAAUGCACAUCUGCCUUGUACAUUCUACUGGUUACGUCCUCCAAAAACUCAGUAGAUUUACAUGGAACAGUACAGCACAGGAACAGGCCCUUUGGCCCAUGAUGUCUGUACUGACCAUGGUGCCAAUUUAAACUGCAGAUCUGCCUGCACGUGGUCUAUAUCCCUCACUUGUUAACGUCAUUUCCAUUCCAUGAACCCAUGCUGACUUUGUCCAAUCCUUUCCAGCACUUUCUAACACUUCAUUAGAAUCUUUUAAAUCAGAUUGGUCAUAUUUUCCUCACUGCUGUUGUUGGGUUUACUGGUCUGUAACUCCCUUUUUAAUCUUGCCUCCCUUUUUUAAACUGGGUUUACGUUUCUCACCUACCAAACCUAUAGGGACUGCAGCAGAGCUUAAAAUAUUUUGGCAGGUGAUCACCAGUGCAUCCAAUAUUUCCAGGGCCACUUCUUUUAGAACUCUGGAUUGAAUUUGUAGAGAGCCACAGGGUUUGAGGUGUUGACA